AUGGAGAUGUAUGAUAGUAAUAAUCUACUACCACCAGGAUUUAGGUUCUAUCCUACAGAAGAGGAAUUGGUGGAUUUUUAUCUGAGAAAUAAGCUUAAUGGCAAAAGAAAAUUAGACAUUCAACGUGUUAUACCUGUUGUUAAUAUGUAUCAACACAAUCCAUGCCAACUCCCAGGUUAUAUUGCAUCAUCAUGCAGGAGAAGGAAUUCGAGAUGGUUUUUCUUCAUUCCAAUUCAGGAUAGGGAAGCUAGAGGAGGGAGACCUACUAGGCUUACAACAGAAGGAUAUUGGAAAGCUACUGGAACUCCUGGUUAUGUAUAUUCAUCCAAUAAUAGAAUUAUUGGGGGCAAAAGAACUAUGGUUUUCAAUAAAGGAAGAGCUCCAAAUGGGAAGAAAACUCUGUGGAAGAUGAAUGAGUAUAAAGUCAGUGAUGGAGAAGCUUCAGCAACAAAUAAUAGUGUUACAAAUUUAAAGUUGCGGCAUGAAUUCAGCUUGUGCAGAAUUUACAAGAAAUCAAAGUGUGUUAGGGCAUUUGACAGAAGGCCAGCUGGUUUUGGUAUUAUUGAAGGAACAUUAGUACUCCCUCAACCACUAAAUGAUGUUGGAGAUGAUGAGGCUACACCAUCAAACCAGAAUAUUAAUCCUCCAAACGAUAAAAAUUUACUUGCACCAAAUGUUUAUUCAAUGAAAAGCUCAUCCUCUGGAGAGGAGCAUGCUCGUACUUCACAACCUGUGGAAACUUCAAAUGAUGAUUUGGAUUUUUCUGAUGUCCCCUUAUGGGAUUGGGACUGCCACUUUAUUUAA